AUGGCGCGUUUUAUUGCGCUGUGGAUGGGAACUGUCCUCCAGCUUUGCCACGCAACGAUUUAUACAAACGACUGGGCGAUAAAAAUAAGAGGGGACCUCGAAUCUGUGAACAGGAUAGCAGAGAAAUAUGGAUUUACUAACAUGGGACAGAUUGGAGACCUGAAGAGGCAUUACAGUUUUCGCCAUCACGAGACGGCGAAUCAGUCCAAAGUAGGCAACAAAGAAGUGACUGAUCGCGUCGCCAAGGAGACCAAGGUGGAAUGGCUCAAGCAGCAGGUGGUCCAGAGAAGAGUGAAGAGGCAUCAGUCCAGCGACCACACGCAGGACUUCAGCGACCCAGUGUGGAACCGCCUGUGGUACAUUCAGUGCAGUGACUCCAAAGCCUGCCAGUCUCACAUGAACAUUGCAGCGGCCUGGAGGAGAGGGUACACUGGGAAGGGUGUGGUGGUGUCUGUCCUAGAUGAUGGCAUCGAGAGAGAGCAUCCGGAUCUGAAGCCAAAUUAUGAUCCUUUUGCCAGCUUUGAUGUGAACGGACAAGACCAAGAUCGUUCUUCUAACAGUGCUGUUAACAACCAUGGGACUCAGUGCGCAGGGGUGGUUGCUGCGGCUGCAAAUAGCUCUCGGUGCACCGUCGGAGUUUCUUUCCACGCACGCAUAGGCGGCAUCCGAAUGCUGGAUGGAGAUGUAACAGACAUCGUGGAGGCCCAGUCGCUUAGCUUCAGUCCAGGGUAUAUUGAUGUUUACUUAGCCGGCUGGGGCCCAAAAGAUGACGGGGCCACUUUGGAUGGACCUGGACCUCUGACUCGUCUUGUUUUACAGAACGGCGUUCAAACAGGCAGACAAGGGAGGGGCUCCAUCUUUGUUUGGCCGUCAGGAAACGGAGGGGAAAGAGGUGACUACUGCUCCUGUGACGGCUACAGCAACAGUAUCUACACUAUCUCUAUCAGCAGCAGCACUCAGCGUGGAAGUCAGCCAGAUUACCUGGAGCCGUGCCCCUCCACGCUGGCAACGGCAUACGGCGGAUGGGACAGAGAGGAGAUGGUGAGUUUGACCGUGGGUCCACAGCAGAGCUGUAGCACGGCCCAGUCAGGGACUUCCUUCGCCGCCUCUGUAGCUGCCGGUAUCAUUGCUCUCACCUUAGAAGCCAACCCCUUGCUAACCUGGAGGGAUUUGCAGCACAUUAUUGUCCGAACAUCAAAAGCUCCUCAUCUCAGUGCUCCUGACUGGCGUGUAAAUGGAGCCGGAUACAAAGUGAGCCACCUGUACGGCUUUGGCCUGCUGGAUGCUGAGAGCAUGGUGAAGGAGGCAGAGCGCUGGAAACAAGUCCCCUCACAGCAUGAAUGUGCGGAGGAGGCUGCCAUCCAGCUGAGCAGACUUAUUCAUCCAGGCUCGGUGCUAACGUCUGUGCGUGAGACUACAGGCUGCUCCAGCAAGGCCCCGCAGCACGUCGCUUAUGUGGAGCACGUCGUGGUCCGGGUUAACAUAAGCCACGGUUGCCGUGGUGAUCUCUCCAUCACCCUCACGUCACCUUUGGGCACCACGUCGCAGCUGCUGGCAAACAGGCCUCUUGACAACUCCACCGAGGGAUUUCAGAACUGGGAAUUCAUGACAGCUCACUGCUGGGGGGAGCAGGCAGCGGGGGAAUGGACUUUGAAAAUCCAGGAUACUCCCUCUCAGAAGAAAGACGGCUCCAAACUAGGGGUGCUGGAGAAGUGGUCCCUGGUGAUUUAUGGCACAGCAGAGCGCCCGUAUCCUGCGCACCGCGAGCGAGCAAGAUCAGCUGAGAUUCCGACGGAUAGCGAUCUCAGCGAAGAAUACAUCGGACCCUGCGACCCAGAAUGCAGUGAUGAUGGCUGUGAGGGGCCAGGCCCGCAGCAGUGUGUCACAUGCUUGCACUUUUUUCUCAAGUUCAAGAACAACACAAGGUUGUGCGUAUCAGGAUGUCCCAGGGGAUUCUGGGGUGACCGUCGGCGUUGUAAGAGGUGCUACGCCUCCUGUGAGAGCUGCACUGGAAGUCGGAGUGACCAGUGCACUUCCUGUCAGCCUGGCCAUCACCUGACUGAGGGGACCAAUACCUGCACAGCGAUCUGUGGGGAAAACUACUACCUCGACCACGAUGCAAACAUGUGCAGAAAGUGCAAUGAAAACUGCUUGAAGUGCACCUCCUACAGCAUCUGCACAGAAUGCAAACCACACACAAGUCUACAAGGGAACCGGUGCCAGCGGAGCUGCACGGCCGGAUUCUACCAUGACCCGCAGGAAGUCGCGUGCAAGCCUUGUCACCAGGCCUGCGCUACCUGUGCAGGUGCAGGUGUUGAGGCGUGCAACACUUGUGCAGAAGGCUACUUGAUGGAGGAGUGGAGGUGCGUGUCCUCCUGCAGUGCUGGCUUCUACGCCACAGAACCAAACCCAGAGAUAGCUGAUGGGCACAGGAUAUGUAGGAGGUGUGACGCCAGCUGUCUCACCUGUGUGGGGCCGAGCCGAUGGAACUGCAGCAGCUGUUCCAGCGGUCACAGCCUGCAGAGGGGAGCGUGUGUUGCUGACACCGAGUGCACGGACGGAGAGUACCAGGACAGUAACGGGGAGUGCCACGCGUGCCACGCAACGUGCCUGAAGUGCACGGGGCCGCAAAGCGAAGACUGCAUCAGCUGUAUUUCUUCACAGGCUCUGGAUGAGGGCCGCUGUGUGGUGGGAUGCGCCAGUGGGAAGUACCAGUCAGGUGGCCGGUGUCACCUGUGCGACCACACCUGCGCCACGUGUGUGGACGCGGGGCCUGCCAACUGCACGAGCUGUGACACCGAUAAGUUUAAGGUGGAGCGUUACCUCUAUGAAGGCAUGUGUCUGGACGCCUGUCCUGAGGCUUUCUACCACACCAAGCAGAGGACCUGCGAGCCCUGUGUAGACCACUGCCGACUCUGCACAGGCCCCAACCACUGCCUGAAGUGUAACUCCUCCUACUAUGUCUCUGAUGGAUCCUGUGUUAAGCUGGAGUGUGGGGAAGGUGAGGUGGAAGACCCAGAUUAUGACGACUGCAUGGCCUGCGAGCAAGGCUGCAAGAAGUGUGUCCUGUAUAACCCCAGGCAUUGUCUGUCCUGCAUUGAGGGCUUUUACAAUUUCCAGGAUGGCUGCUACAAAAACUGCCCGGCUAAGACGUACAGCGUAGAAGAAGAAAUGACCUGCGUUCCGUGUGAUGACAACUGCGUGAGCUGCGAUGAACACGAGUGCUACUGGUGUGAGAGCGACCUCUUCUUAUUAGAGGGGAAGUGUGUUUCAGAAUGUCCGGAUGGUUUCUACGGCGAUGAAGACUCCAAUAACUGCGAGGAGUGUCACUCGGACUGUGUGACAUGUAGCGGCCCCGAGGACGAGGACUGUCUGUUGUGUGAGGAGGGAAAGGCGCUAGAAAAUGGAGAGUGUGUGUCUGACCAUGAGGUCUGUCCCAUUAAGACCUUUCUCAGCGAUGGGGAGUGCGAGGACUGCCACCCAUCCUGUGAGUCCUGCGCUGGACCGGAGAAGAACCAGUGUACAAAAUGUGCAAAAGGGCGAUUUUUGACCACGCAGCAAACAUGUGUGUUAAAGUGUCCGGGGGGCUUCAUUGCCAGUCAGCUGAGCGGUGUGUGCGAGGCGUGCCCUGCAGGUUGUUUGCAGUGUGUGGACGCUCAGCACUGCAUCCGCUGCCAGAGCGCUCGCAAAGCUCAGUUGUUCCUGCAGGAUGGGCAGUGUGUUCAAGAGUGUGUGAGGGGCUUUCCUGCAGGCCAGGUUUGUCAUAGCUGUGCACCUGGCUGUGCAUCCUGUGCGAGGAAUGCUACCCACUGCCUCAGCUGUGAAGAAUCUCUUCUCCUACACAAGCACCAGUGUGUAGACAAGUGUCCUCCAGCACACACUGUCCAGGAGAGAGAAUGCCAACCCUGUCCCUCAGCCUGCCAGGAGUGCGACCCACUCGGCGUUUGCACAGGCUGUGAGGAGUAUCACUUUCUCCACGAGGGCCUGUGCGUGCUAGACUGUCCGGAGAGGUUCUUUGAGGACAAAGAGCAAGGGAGGUGUUUGCAGUGCCACCUGGACUGCGCUUUGUGUGAUGGGCCAAACAGCAACGACUGCGACGCCUGCACGGACGCAGAGGCCACCCUGCACAACGGGGCGUGUCUUGGAGCGUGUCCCUCUCAUACCUAUAUGGAUGGUAUAACAGGAGACUGCAAAGACUGCAAUACGUCAUGUCUCACGUGCUUUGGACCUCAUGCUAGCUCCUGCACCAGCUGCAGAGAGGGUCAGAUGCUGGAUGGUAACAGCCAAUGCGUUCCAUCAGCCAGUAAGUGCUCGCCUCACCAGUACAUAGACCAGCACGGGGAAUGCCAUCCGUGUCACAAAUACUGCUACAGGUGUUUGGGUCCUGGCAAAACCCACUGCCUGAGCUGCAACCCAAGACAUCUCCUGCUCAAUGGCACCUGUGUGGAUCAAUGCCCAACAGGCUACUACGAGCAGGAGUCUGGGCAGAAAUGCGAACCCUGCCACGCUUCCUGUCAGUCCUGUGUUGGAAAGAACAACCACGAGUGCCUCACAUGUAAAGCCCACCUAUUUCGAGAGGGCAAGGAAUGCGUGGAGACCUGCCAGCACAGUCACUAUGGAAACACUGCCUCAAGAAUGUGUGAAAAGUGUGACCCCAGUUGUGGUGAGUGUAUUGGCGAUGAGGAGAACGGCUGCCUGAGCUGCGCUCCGGGCCUCAUUUAUUUGCGGAAACAAGGCCGUUGUCUCGCCUCAUGCCCUCAAGGAUACUACCACGACACUGUGCACAGGACCUGCGAGCACUGCCACGCCAGCUGCAGAACCUGCUCAGGAAAACUUCCCGAGUCCUGUGACUCAUGCUACCCUGGUUACCUGCUGUCAUAUGGCAGGUGUGAGUCCAUAUGCGAUAAAGGCCAGCAUCCCAUAAUAAAGGGUUCAAGCCACUCGUGUGAAGACUGUGAUAGUUCCUGCCUGGAGUGUCGGGGACCCGGUCCGUCCAACUGCACAGUGUGUUCUGCUCAGGCUAUUUUAGAGGCUGGAGGGCGCUGUCUACUUUGUUGCCACCACGAAGAUGAAGAGGAAGACACCAAAACCCAGCAGGAAGACUGUUGUAACUGCACAGAGACACGGGGUGAGUGCAUUCUCAGCACCAACUUGGCAUUCAGGAAUGAGGAAGAAGAGGAAGCCAGAGGUAACCUGACAGUCUUCAUUAUAGCCUGCGUCCUGCUGGUGCUGGUUCUGGUCGCCGUCGUCAUCCUCAUCAGACAUUCCCGCUCGAAAAACGUGCGCUCAGACAUCCCUCCCCGCGGCUAUGAAAAGCUGGGCUCCGGUGGGGGAUACGGAGGCGGCUACAGCUCUGCUUCUUCUUACGGCGGCAGAGCCAGCUCCUCUGGCGGCCGAUUUCAGGAGUCCCAGCUGGUCGACCUCAGUGAACGUCGCUCAGGGAAUAAGGAUGAUGACAAUGAUGACGACGAUGAUGAAGAUGAGGACAUUGUUUACAUGGGCCAGGAUGGCACAGUGUACAGGAAGUUCCGAUACGGACAGCUGGGAGAGGACAACGAGGACGAGCUGGAGUACGACGAUGAAAGCUACACGUUCCGGUGAACGUGAUGCUUUCCAUCUCAUAAUAUUUCUUUUGCAAUUCUUUCCUUCUUCGUUUCUUCCCCAGUGCUGUUUGUCUCCCCCUUCCCCCAAGGGACAGAGUCAUUUAUCCUUUACUGAAUGAGCCUGACCAAAUGAAACAUGAGAUGCUGUUCAUAAUGAGCUCUGUUUUUAUAACUGCAUUCACACAAUGAAAUGUGUUGCAUUUAAAAACAGUAAAAGAUAUUGAACACUCCCAAACUUCCUUUUUUUAAAAAUAAAAUUAACAAAAUUAAGCUUUAUUCGCCACACCCGGUUUGUAGCAUGAUGAUUUCUGCGUAUCUUUAACAUUUCAUCGUGGCAGUUUACUUGUUGUGAUGGUUUCAUUGAUCAUAUUACCAUGUGUAAUUGUGUUGGAUUGGGGUUUAAAAUUUGAUUAAUCACCCUGUUUAUGUUUGUUUUUCUCUUUUUCCCAUGUGCUUAUUGUUGUUGAUAUUUAAUUUGAGUAUGUGUUA